CAACAAAACACAUUCUUUGUGUUCACUAGUUGCAUUGCAAUCGGUGGUCAGCAGCUGUUCAAUUUGCCGAUAUUGCAUUUGAGUGUAUAUGAGUAAUGGUUGUUCAAAUAUAAAAAGUGUAAAAAUUGAUUUGCAACAUUAAAGAUGCCACAAAACCAACGUAAAGUGCCGUACAGUGGCAAAAAGAAAAAGGAUCAACUUAUCAAAAAACGACGUGCAAAGAUGUCACAGAAGUUUUUGAAUGGUGCCAGUGACGGCGAAACUACCGAAGACAAUGAACUCACGAGCGGUAAACUUAUGGAGCAGCCGCUAAACCGUGGAGGUCGACACAAAAAUGUCAAUCGUUACAAUUUGCAAUUCUAUCAAGAAUCUAAGAAAGAGUUGGAACAGAUGAAAGUUGAAGGUUAUAAUCAACUUGAUGGGGUGAAACCAAAAAUGCGUGAAAUGGAUGCACACUAUUUUGAUGGUUAUGACUUUCCAAUCAGACCCAACUGGAGUUAUGAUAUGGAUAAGAACAUUUUGAAUCUUAAUGAGAAUCGUUACUUUAAGGAAUAUGUGGAGAAUUUGCAAAAAUUCCACAAAGAAGGAAAUAACGAACUAUCAUUGUUUGAAUUGAAUCUUGAAACCUGGCGUCAGUUGUGGCGUGUUUUAGAGUUUUCGGAUAUACUUUUAAUAAUUGUGGAUGUACGCUAUGCGUCCUUAAUGUUUCCACCUUCACUUUACAAUUAUAUUGUGCAGACUUUGAAAAAGCAUGCAAUAUUGGUACUCAAUAAAGUGGAUUUGGUUGAACCGGACGUUGUUGUGGCUUGGCGUCAUUAUUUUUUAGAAAAGUAUCCACAAUUACCAGUUGUACUGUUUGCUUCAUAUUCGAACACCUCCAUGAAAGGUUCCGCUCGUCGUUCUGUUUGUUAUAAAUUGUGCAUGGAAGGAGUAUAUAAUAUAUAUAAAGAAUGUCAAAAAAUUGUAAAUUCAGAGCUAGAUCUUACAUCAUGGGAGCAAAAAAUUGAGGAAGAUAUGGAUACUGGCAAUUUAAUUGAUGAUAAAAUGAUCGUACAGACAAUUGAAACUACUGAAGAAAUAAGUGAUGAUUCAGUUUCUAAACCUUAUCAAAAAUUUUCGAAUGGAAAAUUGACUGUGGGCUGUAUUGGUUUUCCGAAUGUGGGAAAAUCAUCAUUGAUAAAUGCGCUUAAAGGCAAAAAAGUUGUUAGCGUUAGUCGUACACCGGGUCAUACAAAGCACUUUCAAACAAUUUAUUUGACGAAUGUAGUAGUUUUAUGUGAUUGUCCUGGUCUAGUUUUUCCAUCAGCUACACCAAAACAUUUGCAAGUACUACUUGGUAGCUAUCCAAUUUCACAGCUACAAGUACCCUAUCGAUCGCUUAAGUUUUUGGGUGAGCAUUUACAUAUUCCAAACUUAUUAAAACUGCAUUUACCAGAGGAUUUCGACGUUUGGUCACCUGCUGCUUUAGCAGAUGCAUGGGCAUUAAAACGUGGUUUCCUGACCGCAAAAGCUGCACGACCAGAUCGUUAUCGUGCAGCAAAUCAUUUAUUGCGCAUGUGUCUCGCUGGACAAAAUAACAUUAUACUACAAUUUUAUCCACCUGGUUAUAACGACGCAAAAGACUUCUGGCAACAGCAUGCUGAGGUGGAAAAAGUUAAAAGAUACCAAAACAUACCAAUUGAGGAUGAGCAUUUAAUGAGUAAUAACGAAGACACUUCAUCAAUCAAUUCAGAAAGUGGAGAGAGUGAAGAAACAACCAGUUCCAAUGAUGAAACCAAUGCAGACGAAGAAGAUGAAGAAAUGCCGCAUGCUUCAACAUCUAAGAGAAGUAAUGCCUUUGCAUUGCUAGAUCAAGAUUGAAUUAUAUUAAAAUAACUUAAAGGAUACAAAAUAAAUUAUAUAUAACACAUAUUUGUAAAAACUACUGUACAGUACUAAAAGUGCUUUUGUUUUGUUUAAACGAGUUUAUUUAUUCAAUAAAAUA